AGGGGGACCAAAGUAAAAUUAUCCAAAGCAGAGCAGAGAGCAUCAGAGCUAUAUCUUCUCUAACUCCACCCGUUACCAGACCCAAUCGGUAUAGCUUCUUCAUCCACCCCACUCUUUGCCAUCGUCUAGUUUCGCUAGAAAUGGCGCCUUCGUCUUCUUUAAUGGUCGAUAAAUCCGACAAGUCGUCGCCGGAAAACCGAAAAUGCGCACUGGCCAAUAGGCUGAAUCAUCCGCCAUUGCUGCUGUUCGCAAAACCCCCAAUCUUCAAACUCAACCCCCAAAUGGCAGCCGGAGCGGCAGCGCGCUUUGUUGGUGACUUGCACCGGUCAAUCGUGUCCUCCGCCGCCGCCGACGGAUUUCUCAGGUUUUUACGCUCGUUUGCUUCGUCCCAGUUUCGGCUUCACCUCACCAACCUCCUUUCUUUGCCUUCCAAUUUCCACAAUUUCUUCUACCAGAUCCAUCAGAAAAACUACAGGAAUCUGAACUCUAUGUCCAGCCACAAUUUUGCUGCCAUUUUACCUGGCGACUCAGUGGCAGGGGUUGUGGCUGCCAAUGGGCUUCUUAACUUCUUGAACAUCUACAACACACUGUUGGUUGUGAGGCUUGUUUUAACCUGGUUCCCCAACACUCCUCCUGCCAUUGUUAGUCCCCUGAGCACUUUGUGCGACCCGUACUUGAACAUAUUCCGCGGCAUUAUCCCACCACUUGGAGGGACUUUGGAUCUCUCUCCUAUACUGGCAUUCCUCGUUCUAAAUGUCUUCACAAGCACUGCUGCUGCACUGCCUGCCGAGCUUCCACAGACAGGAACAAGCCAAGAAUUUCCAUCAUCUUGUACGACUUCUAAUGUUAGUAUGUCACAGCAGAAAUGGAUGAAACGGCUUCAUGGAAGCAGGGGAAAGAGCUCAAGCAGCUGUGCUUAGGCCAUUCCCGUUUGUUCUUUGUCAAAUUACUUAUUUUUGGUUCUUAUACGCUCCCAAUUCCACUAGCCUCUGUUGCGUACAAUCUUUGAUGACUCAAAGUCUCUUAAUAGCUGGAAGAUUGACUUCCAACCUCCCAAACUACAGGAAUUCUUUCAUUUGUAGUGAUCUUGUAUUUGUUUCUUGCAAAUCAUUUGUGUUGGCUAUUUUCCUUUGUUGCUGGAGUCGCGUGUAACAGUAGUUACUAGGCGUGCACAACUUUUUAAGUUUAUGGCAUUAAACCUAUAUACUCUUUAAUUUGUAUGGUAUCUAUAUUGUGUCGUAAACCUACGGCCCUAAAUAUUAUUAAAGCAUGAGAUGUAUUUAGGUGA